ACUAAUCUCUGACGUCAUGUCAACUGGGUUAGAGAUUUGACGUUUCAUUUCAAGGAAAACACAAAUCGCAAAGCGACUGCCAAGCAAUACAAUAUGGAAUUGUAAAUGCAACAAAGGAAAAUAAGUUCAGCAAUUCCGUAAUGUUUCGUAAACUAGCAAUAACGAUUGUGAUAUUAAUUAUAAGUGAAUCCCAUUCCAAACCUUCACCAGACAAUGGGGAAGUCUUCCUAACCAAUCCUCGCUACUUAAACUAUGACGAUUUGACGACGCUCUUCGAGAAGUUCGUCGAGGACUACCCGCACCUGGCCAAGCUGCACAGCGCCGGUAAGUCGGUGAGGCACCGAGAUCUGUGGGCUUUGGAGAUAAGCAGCGACGUCGGUAACCGUCCGCUACUCACCCCGAUGUUCAAAUUCGUCGCCAACAUGCACGGAGACGAGACCGUCGGUCGACAAUUGCUGAUCUAUCUCGCCGAGUACUUGCUGACCAAUUACGGACGCGACGAGCGCGUGACGAAGCUCGUCAACGGUACAGACAUCUACCUGAUGCCGUCGAUGAAUCCGGACGGUUUCGAGAAUUCCGAGGAGGGCGAGUGCGAGUCGAAGCCGAAAUACGUCGGGAGAACGAACGAGAAUGCGGUCGACCUGAAUAGGGAUUUUCCCGAUCAGUUCGACGGGUCGAUACGUGCCGGCACUAUUUUGUCCGGUCGCCAGCCGGAGACGAUCGCCAUGAUGACUUGGAUUAUAUCGAGGCCGUUCGUGCUGUCGGGGAAUUUGCAUGGGGGCGCAGUCGUCGCUAGUUACCCUUAUGAUGAUUCGAAUACAGGUCGCACGUGCUGUAAGGAAAGCCCGACGCCGGACAACGAGCUAUUCAAAGGCUUGGCGACGAUAUACGCCCAACGGCAUCCGACGAUGCGUACCGGACGCGUUUGCAAAAACGAGCAUUUUGUCGACGGCGUCACCAACGGCGCUCUGUGGUACGAGGUUCACGGCGGAAUGCAGGACUUUAACUACGUGCACUCGAACUGUUUCGAAGUGACAUUCGAAUUGAGCUGCUGUAAAUAUCCCCCCGCGUCCCACCUGCCGAACGAGUGGCAGUUAAACAAGGAAUCGAUGUUGAGCUUUAUCGAGGCGACGCAUUGGGGCGUGAAAGGUUUGGUGACGAACGAGAACGGCGAGCCCGUUCUGGAUGCGGACGUCGUGGUCGAGGGGAUUCCACAUAAUGUCACCACGUCUAAUAAGGGAGAGUACUGGAGGCUUUUGUUGCCCGGCGUUUACAACAUAUAUGCCACCGCUUACGGUUACCAGCGUUCCGAAUCGGAAAGGAUCCAGGUGACAAAAGGUUCGACUACCAUUCAGAACUUUGCUUUAAAAUUACGAGUACCAGACAAAGGUGCUUUUAAAGACGUAAAGCGCGUUACGCCGCCCCUAUUCGACCAGCACGGAUUUAUGAUACCGGCGACGUUCAGACAUCACCACUACGAAGAUCUGGCACGUUUUCUGUUCGACAUUAACAGAACCUACCCGAAUAUUACCGACCUAAAGAGCAUCGGACGGUCGGUGCGGGGUCGCGAGCUGUACGUCAUGGUUUUGGGUAACACGCCCAUGGAGCACUCGCCAGGUAAACCCGAAUUUAAAUAUAUCGCCAACAUGCACGGAAACGAAAUCGUCGGGCGAGAACUGUUGCUCUUGCUCAUCAAGUACCUCUGCGAGCACUACGGCAAGGACACUCGAAUCACGAACAUGAUGGAUACUACCCGCAUACACAUCAUGCCCACAAUGAAUCCGGACGGAUACGAGAUGGCCGUUGAAGGUGACGCUAGCAGCGCGUUAGGCAGAGAGAACGCAAACGAGGUGGAUCUCAACAGAAAUUUUCCCGAUCAGUUUGGCGUUCAGAAGUUCAAUAAAGUUCAAGAACCGGAAACAAAAGCCGUAAUGGACUGGAUCCUAUCCGAGCCGUUCGUUUUAUCCGCCAAUCUGCACAACGGCGCCCUAGUCGCCAACUACCCCUUCGACGACAACGCAAACUUCACCAACGGAAUCGAGAAUCUCGCGCCGGACGACCGCGUCUUCAAGUACUUGGCGCGUACCUACGCCAACGCGCACCGAACCAUGCACGAAGACAGACCGUGCCCGCUAUUUCCCAACGAGCACUUCGAGGGCGGCAUCACGAACGGCGCCAAGUGGUACACGCUCGCGGGCGGCAUGCAGGAUUGGAACUACCUGAACGCCGGCUGCAUGGAGCUCACGCUCGAGUUGGGCUGCUUCAAGUAUCCGAACUCGACGGACCUGCCGAGCUAUUGGGACGACAAUCGUGAGGCCCUCUUGACUUUCAUCGAGCAGGUUCACAAGGGCGUGAGCGGUUUCGUUGUCAGCACGAUCGGCCAUCCGAUCACCAAUGCGGAGCUCUACGUCGAAGGUAUCGACCACGUGGUUAAGACGAGCAUGUACGGCGAUUACUGGCGCAUUUUGUUGCCGGGAAAAUACAACUUGACGGUUACUGCACCCGGUUACGAGAGCUUCACUCAAGAGAUUACAAUCCCAUCAAGCGGAAGCUUAGAGCACAACGCGACCCUAAUGAGAAACGACGAGCAGCACUGGGCGAGCGCGUACGACUUUGGCGUGUCGGAGAAUCAAUUCAGUCCGCAGUACCACUCCAAUUCGGACAUUCACCUGAUUUUGGCCGAACUGGAAAACAAAUACCCGGACGCCGCCAAGUUCGAUAGCGGCGACAAUCUGGACUCCAUGGCAAUACACUCGCUGAAAAUAUCGCACGACGUGGACGAAUCCGAAGAGCGCAAAUUUCACGUAGCGAUCAUGGGAAGUCUGUACGCGACGCAGCCGAUCGGUCGCGAGCUCACCGUCUACUUGGCGCGCCAUCUGCUGGAGGGGCACAAGUUUCAGGAUCCGACGAUCGUCUCCAUUUUAAAAAAUACAGUCGUUCACCUCAUGCCGUUCGUCGAUCCGGCCUUCGAGGACAUUUGGGGCGACUACCUGCACGCGGUCAGCGGACACUCGGAGGCCAGCAUGUAUAAGUGCAACAAUAUCACCGCCGACUUCAGGCAGGUCGGCGAUCAAAUCCUGAACCCGAGCGGUCGCGGUAACGGUAACCAGCAGCGGGUCACGAACGCGUUCAAGCACAUGCUCUUGGAGGAGAAGUUCGAUUUUAUACUCAACUUUGAGGGAGGACGCAGCGGUGUCGUGUACCCGACGCCGCAGGGCGAGCUGCAGAUUUACAAGACGUUCGUCGACGCCUAUCACAAAAACCUGAGGGUGAAGCACAGCUGCGCCGGGAACACUUUGGGAACCGAUGACAUUCUGACGGACUUCGUUUACCACGAGUACAACACCGCGAUGAUCACGCCGAAGGUGAGCUGCUGCGAGUAUCCGGCCGUCGGAAAUCUACCGUACAUCUGGCGAGAAGUGCUCGAACCAAUCAUGGCCCUGCUUAGCAUCACGAGGACAGGUGUUGAAGGUUUCGUUAAAAACUCCAAAGGCAUUGCCAUGAAGAACGCAACCAUAAAAGUGGAGGGCCUCAGUAAACUGUACGAGGUGACGAAGGUGGGGGCGCACUACAAAAUCCUCCUGCCUCCGGGCACGUACACCCUACACUUCAACUGUCACAAUUACGAAACGAAAUCGGCCGACGUCGUCGUGCGACAGAGCGAGCUAGCGAAUCACGACGUCGAAUUAACGCAAUCGGACGCUUCCGCCUACAAUCAGGACGAAUUGGAGAGCGGCAUCAAGGGCUACGUUCGCGAUAACUUGAACCAUCCGGUAGUUAAGGCCCAGCUGAGGGUGAUCGAAAAGAAUUUAAGCAUCUUUUCCAAUAGCGACGGGCGAUACUUAAUCGACCUGGAGCCGGGUAAGUACACCGUCGAAGUAACCGCCGACGGUUACGCCGAGAACGUGAAGUACGUCGAAGUGACCAGCGUCAGCAAGCAACCCAAGUUCGUCAUGUUCACUUUGACCAAGGACGUUAACGUGAUGGGGUUGCCGCGUCUGGUCUUCAUUCUUCUGGCCGGCUGUAUCAGUUUGGCGGUCGUGCUUCUCUUGGUCUUCUGCUACAACGCGUGCAAGCGGAAGAAGGACUACGGUUUACUGUCGCAGACGUACUUUGAUGACGAUGAAUCCAAGGAGACGGAAAUCUUCCGGUCACCCUUACAAGGAUCGAAGUUACUGACGCGACCCUACUUUGACAAUGAAGAUGAAGAGAUUUACUCCGACAGCUCGUCGGAGGACGAGACCGUUCUGCUGACUUCACCACAAUACGAGAAAGUUCCCAUACACGACCAUCGUUAAUUUAAAGGGGAGACCUGCCAAAAGUUGUUUUCCGGUGAACACGGUGCUAUGACUAAUUUUUAGAUUUUACACACUUUUUAUAGCGAAUCAGUGAAAAUCUCACUCCUUAAGGCCAAUGUGAUAUAAGUGAACGGGUUGGACCAAAUUUUCUUUUGUUUCUCCGCCUUGUUUCGUCUCUAAAUAGAACCUCAAUUUUAAACGAGCACUAAUUUUUUAUUGUUAAUUUGUAAAUUAAGUUGGUAAUUUAAUUAAUUGUGUUUUAUACGCCUUUAUUUAUACGCAGUUUUAAAUAAAUGUUUGUAAAGAUUUCA